AUGGCACAUGCUCGUAUCUCAGCCAAACUCCCACCUGAUAUAGAUCCCACAAAAGCUCCUAUUGCAUUUGGAAGGAGGGCCCUUCCUAAACUGAAUGAGGAGUUACAGUCUCCUGAGCUGCUGACUCAGCAGCAGGCAUUGAUGGCGCUCUGCGAUCUGGUCCAUGACCCAGAAAAUGUCUACCAGGCAAUAGAAGUAGGAUUCUUGGAUAACCUGAAAACUUUGCUACUACAUCAUGACAGUACUGUCCGACAAAAAACAACAGAGAUCCUCUAUGUAAUGGCUAUGCAUACUGUUGGCAGGCAAGGGUUGAUCCAAAAUGGAGUAAUUUCUGCCCUCAGUGAGCUCUUGGAUGAUCCAGUAGAUAUCUGUCGGAAGAACACACAUCAGGUUUUUGAAAUGAUGGCAAGAUUACCUGAAGGAGCUGCUGGCAUAUUGCAUGCCGGUUUGAUUCCCCCACUUGUAUUCAAAUUGAAGACCGAGUCAGAAGGAAUCCAGGAGCUAAUCCUGGAUACACUCUCCAACUGUCUGCAUCUGGAGGCUUCUGAAGCUCUAGCAACUGAUGCCGUUACUAUCCUGAAGGAAAAGCUCACACAGCCAUCAGUGGCCAUCAGAAGCAAAGCAGCUCGGGUGCUGUUAGAAAUUGGUACUCAUCCAGAGGGAAAAAGCGUGGUAUGUGAAGAAGUUAUUCCUGUGCUGGUGAGCCUGUUGGGAGAUGCAGAUCCUGAAGUCCAAGCUAGUGCAACAGGAGCACUGAUGUUCGCUACUGUUAAGCCUCAGGGGAGAUUCUCAGCCCUAGGUGCUGAAGCCAUUCCACCUUUACUGAAGUUGGUUGCUGAGGAAACCAGCAAAGCCCGUCUCAGUGCAAUCAAAACCCUCACCAUGCUGGCUGAGCUACCAGAGGGCCGCAAGACGCUCCUAGAUCAUAUAGAUACAUUUCAGCAGUGUCUGAAUGAUCCCUGCGAGGCCAUGAGAAGAGCUGCCAAAAUUGCUAUCAGUGUCAUCCAAUGGAAACCUUUCUGA